AAAUAUGGAACCGACAUGCGCAGUAAGGUUCGCUUUCCGAGCAAAAUAUGGCGUCAGCAAGCAUAAAAGAAAUGUAUGGAGUAAAAAUAAAAAGCCCCGAAAGCUUGGAAAUAAAUAWAUGUAACUCACCGUCCUCACUCWUCUUUAAAUGUUAGUGUAGAAACCUUCAAUGAAGCACCAAUUUUAGACCGAAUUAAUUUGUUAAUCGUGCGGUUUUAGGAAUUUUGAGAAGACGAAUUUUGUAUCGAAGACUCCAUACUGUUCUUCUAAAUAUAAGAGAGUGUGAGUUCUUUCUCUUGUAAUCUYGUAUUUCCCACAAUUCGAAUUCAUCGGUCCUCACUCUUGUCUUGUAGCACUGGCAUAGACGAUCCAAAAGAGCAUAAACAAUACGAAAUAUCUGUUAAAUCCAACACGGUUUUUCACUUUGAAAAAGGCUAUUUUGCACCUUUGCUCUUCCCUUGCCAUACCUUAGGAAUUUGAGGCGAAACCAAGAAAGGAUAAAGAGAAAUGAAGUCUCAAAGUUUUUAUACUUUCAAGGAACAUUCCGUCCGCCAUGUUUAAACGAGACCAUGAGUCUUUUCGGCCCCAGAUGGCCAUUGUUCCUGGGAAGGAGUUGAUUUGGCGGAAUUUUUUCGCGGGAUUUUUYAAAACAUCUGAAGAAGGCAUAUAUCACAACAAACCAGACAAUGAGUUUUCCCAAUGAAUUUCAAGACAAAAGAUACCUAGAAAUCAGUGAAUCCCCAAACUCUCAGUUAAACUAUGUGAAAAAACAAAGAAAUCAUCAUUCAGAAGAAGUGUUUUGCUGGUAAAAAGCUAAAAAUCUCUUAUUCAUCAAACUAAGCAAUGUUUCUGACCACCUGACAAGAAUAAAAAUAAUCAACAGCCUUAUUCCUGGAAACACUUUCAAACUUCAUGAAAAACUUCCAAGUAGAAUAAGUAAAUUGAUUGCAAGAAAAUGCUACAAUGUAAUGCAAGAGGUCAAAACUCUUAACCGAAAAGGCACAAAGAAGGAAAGAGAGAAGUUUCAAGAUGACUGUACUAUGUUUUCCAUACAGUUUGGRGACAUUAUAAGGGCAAGUGAAUGGGAAGAAGAAAUCACCACUCUCUCAAGGGAAAUUGAAAACUGGAAACUGAAAUACAAGAACCUUGAAAAUGAAAAGAAAAAAUUGUUGAAUCACCUACCUGAAAAACUGGACUCCGAUGUAAUCCAGGGAGAGACAGUAGAAGAAGUCAAAAAGUUGUGGAUGAUACAAAAUUGGAUAAAUGACUUCACUGCCCUUGGUACUAAGAGAAAAGGCUAUCACUUUGAAAAUGUUACCUGCUACAUGCCCGCAGCUGCCUAUCAUUUAGGAAACAUGAUGUCCAAGUACAAAAACAUCAAGCAGUUUAGUUGCCAAGGCGUAGAAAAUAACAACCACACAGCAAGACCGUUGUCAUCAGAAAGUGCCAACAGCAUGAUCCACCAGCUGAAGUAUUAAAGGCACAGUAUCGCAUUAAGAAACUCCAACAUAGACAGCGUCUACCUAACAAGUACACUAAACUAAAGCUAACAUAUUGGAUGGAGGAGAUCCAUGACCAACCCCAAASGAAGAAGAAAAGGGCUAAAUUCUAUACCCCUUUUGACUCGCAACCAAAUCAUGAUCCUGUGCAAAAGUGUAAUGGUAAAACCAAGCAAAAGCCAAAAGUAGUUAAGAACAAAAAAGCACCCAAGAAAAAGAAGAGAUGAUGUUUCUAGGAUUUUUCAUCACAGGA